CUUGCUGUUGGUUUUGUUACAGCCACAGCUAUGGCAAUCCCCUACCGAAGUGGAUCCAGUCUUCAACGUACCGUCAACGUGACCGAAUGCGGCCACACUCCAGAUGAGGCAAUUGCAAGAGGGUGCCGUUUCGAAUCACACAACUUUGCAUGUACUCCACCCGAUUGUUAUGACCGGGAACUCGACGAGUUAUGGAACGAAAAGGAUUGGGGCUACUCGCGUAAUGCUGAGGGUACAGAUCUCUUAUCAAAGGAAGAGGCACCGGAGGGCAAAUUGAGUUGGGCCUAUGUGACGCUGAACCAGCACAUGUCUCACUGCGUUCUGAUCUGGCAAAAAUACCAGCGCGCGGCUAUGCAGGACCUCCCGACGGACAAUUGGACCUCAAGCUUCCCUCAUACAUAUCACUGUGGUCAUAUGAUGGUUCAGUGGGGUAUCAACCGCUCCGAGUACAACAGCAUAUUAUACACAAGGUAGGUAUCUUGUAAC